AUGGAAGAUGAAGUUUCUGUUGCGGAAAUCGAAGAGCUCGACGACAACGACAGUUUGGUGGAAAAGGAGGAGAAACUAACUUCUGAUUCGGUGCUAAAUUCGUAUGGUAUGAUAUAAGAUUCAUGCCCGAAACCCGGUCAAAUGAUUCCUUAAAAACCGCAUUUUAGGCAACACAAAUCUCUAUCAGAUAUGGGUAUUCUUGGCGAUGGCGUGUUGCUGGUGUUACAUCGCGCCACCCGCUUUGCUGGCGCCGUUUGCUUUGGGCGAUAUGUGUGUAAAUACAACCAAUUGCAAUGUCACGGAAGGCAGUAUUAUUCAAGAGGUAAUACGGGUUUUUCAGUCGUUACAUUAUAUUGUUUUUUCAGUUCAACCUCAUUGGAGAGGACGCUUACAAAGCCGAGAUGGCAUUGAGUAUCAAUAUUUUGGGCAAUUUGUUUGGGUCCACCGUUUUGUCGAAGGUGGCUGAUGAGUAAGCGUCAUUUAUGCGAUAUUCCUCUGAGCUACAAGCUAAAUUUUUUAUUUAGAAAGGGCCGUCGUCCAGUGCUGUUAUUUUGCAUGUUUUCCUUUGGUAUUUGCAAUCUGUUUUCGGCAUUUGCCCCGAAUAUCUUCGUAUUGGCGUGCCUUUGGAUGCUCCGUGGGGUUUUUUCGUCGGUAAGUCAUCGCUACCGGCUCGGUUGAGCACAGUAACACAAAAAAUGAAAAAAAGCUAAAAAUAGAAAAGUUUUGCCGUUGAUCUUCUACAGACCCACUCUACACUCAAUUGGAUAUAAGCGUCUUCAGGGCCUGGGAACAGUGAAUUGGGUGCUCGGCUACGAAUCCGCUUCAUUUGGCCUGCGCUCGUAUUUUCCGAUGAUUUUCGGAUACACCUGGGUCUUUGGCUACGUCGCUGUAGCCCCUUUGGCCUACUACAUCCAUUACUGGAGGUAUCAAGUUCUAGUUUCAUCAAUUCCUUCGUUGAUUGCCGUCGCAGUUUAUUAUUUUACCGUGCCUGAAAGCUUUCAUGUAUGUGUUUCAAAAGGCCGAAAUGAAGAUGUAAAAAAAUGGUAUACAAGGAUGAAUUCAUGCUCAAAGGUGAAAAGAGGUCUAGAGGAGGCUGAUGAGUUGAUAGAACAACACAAACAGCACAUUAGGACAGAUGGAGGUGCGGAAAACAAGGACAGCUUGUGGACAGCGUUGAGGAAGAACAGAGCGGUUCAGUUGUACAUGUUUGUAUUUGCAUAUACGUGGUGAGUCGAGUUUAAUUUAUAGACUUAUUAAAAAAAAAGGUUCUCAAGUGAGACGCUCAGAUUUUUUAAAUAUUUUUCACAAACGUUCUUCAUAGUUAGAGUAACCAUUCCUGAAAUUUUUAGCUCGCGGUUUGCAGCCGCAGCCGAGAUAUUGAACGAUCUUUUUUUGCCGAGAUAGCACGCAAACCGCGGAGAGUGGUCAGAGAGAGAAAAGCAUUUUUUAGCCGUAUCUUUGUCAGCUUCGUGCGGAAAAAAUUGAUUUUUCGUGGGAACAUUACUCUCUACACGGGAAACCGGCAUGAAAGUUUUUCAAUUUGCAAAAAUAUGUCACAUUUUUUUCUAACUUUUUGACCAAAAAUCUCGAUCAUUUUUGGGAACCGCGAGUUAGGAGUUUCGCAUAUAUCUUGGAAAGAAUUACUCUAAAUUUGUACCAAGUUUCAUCAAUAUCUAAGCAUCACACUUGGAGUAACUCCGCUUUAAAUACGACCUUUUCAGGACGGUUGACUUCUUUAUCUACGCCGGCCUCAACAUCAUAUCCACCGCCUUGGCCGGCAACAAAUACUGGAAUUUCGCGUUGACUGGACUUGCCGAGAUCCCCUCUUACAUUGUGUCGCCGUAUUUGCUGGACAAACUGGGGCGUCGCGGCUUUGGCAUCGUCUCUCAUUUUCUCACGUUUUUUGCGUUUAUUAGCGCCGCUUUUAUUCAAAAUCCAACGUUAUCCUUUGUCUUCUGGUUGUUUGGGAAGUUCGCAAUCUCCUGUGCGUUUACCGCAAUGUUUGUUUAUGUUUCGGAGGUGUUUCCGACCGCUUAUCGAAGCGGUUGCAUUGGGAUUUGCAUGUGUAUUAGUUGCUUUGGUGGGCUGGCGACUGGAGGAAUAAGGGCGGUGGUGGGUGUCCGCGAUUUUUUUUGACUGUAUUUGACGAGUCAGCGAAGCAGAUUUGGUUAAAAGUUUUGCUCUUUUUCAGAAUGAAAUUCAUCCGAAUCUGCCGAAUCUCAUAUUCGCUUUGGCGGCUCUGGUAGCCUCGGCGCUGACAAUAUUGCUGCCAGAAACACGAGGCAAUGAGCUUCCAGACACUACAGAAGAAAUGGAACAGCUUUUUAGAAGGAACCGAAAUCAAGAAGUGCCUUUAGGACCUUAA